AUGUCGUCCUAUAUUGAUACUACCCCGUAUAUCGUCCCCUUGAUGGACUUCGAAAAGAGUUUAGUCAUGGAAGUCCAGGCAUAUGUGGAUAAAGGGACCAUGAACCAGAGCAGUGACUUGAGGUCUUUUGAGAUCUGGAAAUGGAGUCAGCACUUGCAAGACCUCUUGAGAUAUUACCUUGAUACCGAAAAGGAUGUUUUACGUUUUGAGGCUGGCGGUAGCCGUUCUCGGGCAUAUGAAGCAUGUUUCUUUGGGCUUGAGAAUGACGGCCACUUCGCAAAGCAUCGUGCUCGUAUGGUGCAAAUUCGAAACGCGAACCUCACAUUUGUCGACGACUUGGCUGAGAAGCCGUCUUUAUCGAUCAGAGCAGUCCCUGAUCCGAAUGAUCAAGGAUAUUGGAGGACUGUGGACAGUAUCGUUGACAAAUUCGGCCGGCCGUGGGAUACUCCCGAUGAACUUGAUCCUCAUUGCGGAAAGUUUGACAUCUUCUCUUUGAUCCGCAUAUACUUCCUUCAUAGUCUGUCACCUCUCAGUGCUACUAUGAUUAGUGAUAGUGUCACCAACCACGAUGUCUUUCUUGAACACUAUACUGUUAGUCCUAACCAGAAGACCGGCCAUGACGAUACAUUUCAAGCCCAAGAUGCUUUCUUCCAUCGAACAAUCAAGAAAGCUAAGAAGCCUGCAGACAUACUCUCAGAUGAAGAGCUCAUUGGCGCUAUUCUUUCUCUUGCUCCUGCGAACAGGCCAUACCCUGAUCCGAGAAUGUAUCUGAGCUAUAUACCAUGGGAAGAUUUGAAUCACACACCCAAGACAACUCUAGAGGACGUCCUUUUGGGACCUGACAGGUAUCCAAUCAAUGAACAAGUCAUUGUGGGAUGGGUGACUUGGAAGCCACCUCGUGAUGGAUUCGCUUGUAACCAUCACCUAAAUGUUGAGGAUGAGACUUUUGCAUACACAUUGAGGACUGGUUGGAAUCUUCCUGGCCACAGUGUUGGCGGCAAAAUAGUAUUCUCGCUGACUCAACUCGAAGACAGCAAGCUUAUCUCAGAGCUAGAUAGCUAUUGGUCGACCUGGAAUGACUGUGCAAUAACAAGAAGCCCCACCGGUGAAGUUUUCGUUCUAGAGACAGUACCCGGCUUACGAUUCAGAGGUAGAGCAGCUAGAUUUGAUCAUGACACUGCUAUAGCUCAUCUUAGGAACAUGAUCGAAUCUCAUGCCUCGGAAACGCUGGAUCGAGCCUAUGUCAAAGAACUACUUGGACUAGAGCCUGGAUACAAACCACUGUUCGAAAACUCUUUAAGAGUCAUUCCUGCAGAGCAACUAUCCCCAGUUGAUUGGAACCGUCCUGUCGGGUCAGGACGCAAUGGUAGAGUCUAUGCAUCGGCUUGGCAACGUCCAGGGGGGGUUCUUUCUACGGCAAGGCCUUGCCAAAUUGAGGUUGUUUUGAAAGAGAUCACGCCAAAUGACCGCCAGGUUUCUUUUUCGUUACAGAAGUUUAUGAAAGAGUUGGAUUCAACGUACGCAGCCCUUGGCUCACAGCCAAUGUGCUGUGUCAAGUUUUUUGGGAUCACCCAAAUGAGCCUUCUGGUAGACGAGAAACCUAGGCUGCUCUUUGUAUUUGAGCGUGCCACUCGUGGCCACGUUGAGCCAUUCCUGCUAUGGCAUUUAUCGCCCCUUAGAUUCUAUGACUCUUGGAGAGCACUAGCAGAUUGCUUCGUUUGUGUCGCAACUGGCCUAGCAUUCAUUCAUCAACAUGGAGUCGUUCACAGGGAUUUGCACUUAGAAAAUAUCCUUGUUAUGGAUAAAUUCUACCCAAACGACGUUGAAAUUCCUCACGAGUUCAGUUACCUCAUUAGUGACCUCGGUGAAGGAAAACAACUGACCCAACAACUAACAAGUAUGAUCAGCAGUGAGACUGCUUUUGCUAGCUAUGGUGCCAUUGACUUUCGAGCACCUGAACAAUUACUGGGCCUACCCAACAUAGACGCCUUUGCAGCUGAAGUCUUUACUUUCGGCAUUGUGGCAUGCAAACUUCUGAACUGCAGAUCCCUUGUUAGUUCAGUCGAAGUACCAAGCUACAUCAGAGCUAGUGCAUCAGAAGACAUCGCUGAACUCAAUCAUGGAGAAACUGAGAAGAAGGAGCUUCAAGACGGGCAUAUUGUUCCGCGAGCAAUCCGUAGCAUCAUAUCACGCUGCCUGUCGUACAGAGGUUCUGACCGACCCGAUAUGAGCCAUGUUUUGAGUGAGUUGGAGGACAUUACGUCAACGUUCACGGAAGACAACAUGGAAAAAGAAGAAGGGCGAACUGUGGACUGGUGUUACUGGGAUUGGGAGGCAACCUUCCGUGCUGCACUGACUGACUACGAUUCUGACUCGGACUCAGAUUCUUCCGAAAGUUCUGGAUCUUCCGACUAA